AUGGAAAUUGCAGAAAGUCUAGGAGAACUUACACAGGCCGUCAAGGAUCAAAAUCGUAUUCAUUCCCUGGUUCUUGCUACCCAUACAGACAAUUGGGAAUAUGAUAUGUUGUGUAUGAUAUUAAUGGAAUCUAUGAAGUUACCCAUGUUAAAUAUUAAGGCAAAAGUAGAUUUCCCAACACAAAUCGGAGAUAAUCUUUACAGAUUUGUUAUCGUUUUCCUGAAUGGCAUUGAAACUAUGGAUAUGGAGCUUUUGAAUUCCUUGUGGACAUAUUUGAAAAGAUUUGCAAGAAGUAAAUUUUUACUAAUUGCAAAAUGGGGUGAGAGCAGUGAUUACAUCCGAACCAUACUAGAAUUUUGUGUUAAAAAUAAAGUCCUACACGUUAACGUUAUCAAAGAAUCGUUUGUGAAAUUUCAUGAAAUUUUUGUUCCACAAAUAUUUCCCACAUUUGAUAUGAAAACGAUGAAAAUUGGCAAUGUGUCAGGAUUUGAAUUCUAUCCGGAACGAGUUAAAAAUAUGCAUGGAUACAAUAUAAAUGUUGGCAUUGUGAAUGGCAGUGACAGAGCUUAUAUUACAAAAACCCUUGAAAAUCAAGUCCAUUUGAGUGGUUAUUUGGGUACUUUCCUAGAGGAGUUUGCUCGAAAGCACAAUGCCACUUUACAACAACCAACCAUUUCGAAUGGAGUUCCAUUUUUUUAUCGUAGUGAUAUGUUAAAAAGUCUCCUGGAAAAUAAUACAUUUGAUAUGUUGGCCGAACUCUCGGUGGACAUGCAGCAGACGAAAUUUGAAGUUAGCGCAAUGUAUGAUAUUUUGGAUUGGUGUUUAAUGGUGCCCAUGGAGCAACCUUUGGCCCCAUAUAAACUCCUGAUCAUAACUUUUGAUAACAAAAUACUAGUGAUAAUGCUGUGUUUGGGUUUUCUGUUCUCAAUACUUUUGGCCUUAACAGCGCCACCUCUCAAGAAAUUACCACUGAGGGAU